CCCUCAUUAAUUCCAUAAACUUCAAAGAUCGUCCACAAGAGUGCGUCGAUCAUCUGUCAAAUCCACUUCACCAUCUGUCAAAAUUUUCACAUUCCACGCCUUUCCCGUGUUAUUCCAUGUCCCCCCUGACGAUAAUCGUCUGACGAACCUCCCAGUGACUGCAAAAGCUCUUCGAGAUCUCAAAAAAAUGUCUCAACUCAUCUGAAUCCCCUGGAACCACCAGAAAUAAUCGUCUAAAACCGUUAAAAAUGCGCCGCACACUCGUAACCUAGACCCAGUGAAUGAUUCAAUCGUGAAUAAAUCCAGCGAAUUGAAUUUCAACCAUUAACCACCGGAGUUGAUCUGUUAUCCCCCAAAAAGUGAUAAAUAAAUAAAUUAAGAAAAAUCGCAGUGUCGGUGGACGCUGCUAUUUUUGUUCAUUAAAUGUUGAUCAUUUCGCCCGAUAAAAUCGAGGAACCAACGUCACCGACGGGUACGUCGUCGCCAACAUCGACGUCGUCACCAGGAUUAUUAGUAAGCGCACCAGGAAUGUCUGGGGAUCACAGACCUGUCAUUCGUUAUCCAUCGGAAUACGUUAAAUUAAAUAUCGGUGGUUCAUUACAUUACACUACUAUCAGUACAUUGAGAAAGCAUGACACUAUGUUACGUGCUAUGUUCAGUGGACGAAUGGACGUGCACACCGACUCCGAAGGAUGGAUUCUCAUCGACAGAUGUGGAAAGCACUUCGGUACAAUUUUAAAUUUUCUCAGGGAUGGAUCAGUGGGUCUACCGGAGAGUACUAAAGAAAUUACUGAGCUACUCGCUGAGUCGAAAUAUUAUUGCAUAAGUGAACUAGCAGAAUCUUGCGAAAAGGCACUACUUAGAAAAGAGAGAGAGGCCGAGCCAAUUUGCAGGGUUGCACUCAUAACAUCGCAAAGGGAGGAGCAAUUGUUGAUUAGUAGUACAACAAAACCAGUUGUUAAACUUCUUAUCAAUAGGCAUAACAAUAAAUAUUCCUACACUAGCACAUCAGACGACAAUCUGUUAAAAAAUAUCGAAUUAUUCGACAAAAUGUCGUUGAGAUUCAAUGGCAGAGUACUCUUCAUAAAAGAUGUGAUAGGCUCAAUAGAAAUAUGUUGUUGGACAUUCUACGGCCAUGGGCGAAAGGUCGGAGAGGUCUGUUGUCACUCGAUUGUUUACACAACGGAUAAGAAGCACACGAAGGUGGAAUUCCCGGAGGCUCGUAUUUACGAGGAGACAUUGAAUAUUCUUCUGUAUGAGCAUAGAAAUGGACCAGACCAAGAGCUGAUGCAAGCAACAUCAUCGAGAGGGGCUGUGGGUGGUGGUCCACCCUGUACCUCAGACGAGGAAGAGGGUGAGCGUUCAGGACUAGCUCGACUUCGCACAAACAAGCAAAAUACCAACUGACCCCCCCUAGUUGUCCUAACACCCCCCCAUCCAGCAUUACUGAAUUUAGUAAGAUCAUUCAAAACACGUGUCCACAUAAAAUAAACGAGAGGAACAGAAUAACAUAAAAUAA